UUCCCCCAAUUUUCAAACCCGAUUCUCGUCUCCUCAUUCUCUCCUCUCGACGCCGGCUUCCCUCCUCUCGACGCCGAUGACCCAUUCAACCACUACAAAGGCGACGAAAGAGAUGCGUCGAUGCUGGCACAUCACUUGUCUUCUCUCCGGCAUUUGUUUUGUGAGCCUCGCAGCCAUGGUUUUGGGGUGUUGUUCAGAUGAUUUGAACAACACUAUAGCAGCGCCUUUGCGGCAGAGAAUGUAUUGGCCAGUGACAGCUAGUGAGGUGAUGAAAAUGAAUCCAGGACACUAUGUUUCACUGAUAACUCCAUUGCUGAUCGUCGGAGAAGAGAAUUCCCAUGAAAAAACUGUUCGAUAUACGAGUGUUAAGCUUCUCCAGCCAAGUGAUACAUUAGUUCUUGGCCAGGCUUAUCGGCUUGUCACCACACAAGAGGUUAUGAAAGUGCUGAGAUCAAAGAAAAAUGCAAAGAUGAAGAAAAACUUGUCAGAAUCAAUUGCCAAUUUGAAGAUGAAUUUGCUAAAUCUGUUGAUGGUGUUGGAAUGAUGACGGUGGUGGUGCGGCACUUGGUUGUUGAUGGUGUUGGAGGGGUGAUGGUGGCAGAAGCGCCUCGUGCAGCAAAUGGUGGUGGCGGUCAGACGGUGGUUUACAUGUUUUGCAAGUGGUUUUUGUUGGUGGCGUCGUGGGUUUUGUUUGGUUGGUUGAAAGAUUGUUGUUUUGUUAUGUGCAUUGUUGGGGGUAGUGGUGAUGCUGGUGGUGGCGGCGGCGUGGUCGGUGGUUGUGCGGUGGUGUUGUGUGGUGUGGUGUGGUGUGGUGCAGUUAUUAGUUAUGUUUUGGUGGUCGUUUUUGUUGUUGGCAAUGGUCGUGGUGGUGUUGUGGUGGGGGCGGGGUAUAGUAGGAGGAAAUGGUGAUUGUGACCAACUAUUUGGUUGCUCUGUGAUCAAAUAUUAGUGGUGAAUUGGGAUUGAGAU